AUGGGUUGCAACACUAGCCAGGAGAUACCGAGCUACGGCGGUGGACAGAAGGCGACCGAUUCGGCCGCCGCCCUUGGUGAGCUGCUGGAAGGUGAUAUUGAAGAGGUCGAGGCGGCAGCCACAAAGAUCCAGGCAGCGUUCCGUGGUCACCAAGUGCGCAGAGAAAUGAAGCAAGGAGACGGUGUUACUGGAGCCGAGGGUCAGCAGAAGCAGGACCAGCAGACGGAACGGGAACCGACCAAGGAAGAGCUGGAGGCCGAAUUCGACCCGAACGACCAAGAGCUGACCCACGCCGCAACACGUAUACAGGCCAGCUUCCGUGGCCACAUGGCCAGAAAGACGGCCGGUACGAAGGAGGACGAGAAGAAGGAGGUGGACAUUGAUGAAAUUACCAAAAAGGUCGCCGAAGAGCUGGACAUCGACAUGGACGAUCCGGAGCUGCACAAAGCGGCCAGCAAAAUUCAGGCCUCCUUCCGCGGGCACAAGGUGCGCAAGGAGGUACCGAAGGAGAACGAAAACUAA